AUGAUUUUGAUAGUAGUAUCUAUCUUGUUAUACAAUGUCAGUGCUGCAAAACAGUGGUGUGAAAAUGAUGGUGUUAUCCAGUAUGCAGACAAUGUCAAUUGCGUUGAGUCUAGUGAAUGGAAUAUCAACGACAUAACAUUUAAGUUCACCGCCAGUUGUUGCACAACCCAGACAAAAACGUUCAACGAUUAUGGCGAUGAAAGUAGUGAUGAAAAAAGGUUCAGUUUUCUUUCUGAUGGAAUCGUUUUAAAAACGUUGUUUUUUCAACUAACAAAUAAAAAUAAAAAUAUUACAAUAUGGGACGGAAAACGGACAGAAGGAAUAUUCGUUGCUUUUGGUUGUUUUGAUAAUCAGUUGUAUUGUCGUACAUCAAUUGGACAAGAUAAAUUAACAUUUAUAGACCACCAUUGGCAUGGCAUAUCUCUAUUUUCAGAUAUCGACCAGUACUUUUAUAUAAUGAUAUAUUGGGUAGGAAAUGAAUCACCAGUACAACUUUUCAUAGAUGGAUAUGUCUCUCAACACGUUACUCUUGAAUAUAUGAAAUCCUCAACCCAAAGUUCGGGUAUUGUCUACUCCAAAAAUAGAUUUUUAUUUACAGGUAAUUCAAAUGAAAAUUUAAUUGUAAUCAAAAACAAAGACGGUGUUGCAAAAGAAGUCUGUGAACGGUUUGGAUACAAAAGAUUCCUAUUUUUCGAAAAAUCAUAUAAAACCACAUAUCUUAGUUACACGGCGUGUACUUGUAAAAGUACAACACACCAACUUCUUGAAACUUAUGACUGGAAUUAUCCCGAUUGCCGAUAUAACCAUUCUUUAUACAAUUUGGAUUUAACAAAUGAUGUUGACAAUGAAGUCACUAUUGAAGUUCAACUUUCCUCGUUUUAUUCAGUACUAUUUGACACAAAUAAAAAAUAUAUUUUCACGCCAUUCAACGAUAAAAUUACUUCUAUGAUUUUCACACAUUUUGAAAUGAAGGAAAAUAUUAAAGUUGAAUUCUUGAUUGAAGUUUUUAUUAAUAAUCUGACGAUAACUUCCAUUGGUAAUUAUUACUUCAAAGAAGGCGUCAAUAUACAAACAGUAAAUCACAACGAAGAUUUUAUCAAUAAAAUCUUGUUUUCUGUUGAUAAAAACUGA